GCCCUCCUCCUCUCCGCUUUUCCUGUGCUUGGUAGGAACCUGUAGCUGCUCCUAGAGCCUGGGAGGCUCUUUGUGUAGAAAUUGCCCCCCUCCUGUUGCUGGCAGUGCUGAAAACAGAGAAGGCCAGUGUCCUCAUCUCCAUAAAGCAUCAUUCCUUGUGUCUCAUCUUUUGAAGCACCAUAACCUCUGAGCCACCCUCACCACAUCAGCAUGGCCAUCUCAUCACGUCUGGCUCUCUGGGAACAAAAGAUUAGGGAAGAAGACCGCAGCCCCCCACCCACCUCACCACCCCCACUUUUCUCGGUCAUUCCCGGAGGCUUCAUCAAGCAACUUGUGCGGGAAACAGAAAAGGAGUCCAAAGAAGCAAAAUUAAAAGAGAAAUUAAUUUCCAAAGAAGAUCCUCCAGGAAAGCAGGUUGACGGGCCCGUGCAGCAGUUUGUAAUCAGGGACACCAACAUUUUGGAAGUGGGAGAGGACAUGGCCAACAAGGGACAGCUGCUGCAAGGACGAUUGAAUGGUGAGAAGCAUGGAGUGGAAGGUGAGUCUGAGAUUCCAGAAAGGAAGCCUUUGCCUUUCAAGAGAAAUGCCCAGAGGGGCCACACCCAGCAACCAGUACUGCCUGUGCCUGAAUUAGCACCGGCCACUCCAAAAUCAGCACCAGCAGUUCCAACACUGGGCGAGGAGGUCCACUUGGAUGCAUCUCAGCCUCCUAAAGUUCCUGCAGCUCCAGAUCAAAUCAAAAGCAGCAGUGCUAAGGAUCUACCUGGGUCUGGAACAGAACAUGAAAAGAAGGGCCAUGUACUCUGGAACAAACACUUUGAAAGCCCAGGAAAGGAUAAUUGGAAAAUGAGGACCAAGGAAGAAGCUGUGAGCAAGCCAGGAAAUAAGGCAAAAUUUACAGGGAAGGGGAAAGAGCUUGGAGAAAAUAAAGAAAAGGCCACAGGCAGUGGGAAGCAGCCAGGAGAACCCAAAGAGAGGCAUGUAGAAACCGAGAAAGUAUUAGCAGAAUUGAAGGUGGAACAGGGAGAAAUGGAAGAGGAACUGUCUCGGAAGGGAGGAAAAAGAAAGCAAGAAUCUCCAGUAGCAGAAAUGAAGGAGAAACCAGAGGAAAUUAAGGAAGUGUUCGCAGGAGAAAACAAAGAAGAACUUGGAGAAAGCACAGAUUCGGACAAGGUGUACCAUGAUGUCUGGUAUGAAACAGAGAAAGUUUGGCUGUUACAAAAAGAUGGAUUCAUUCUUGCUACUGAACUGAAGCCAGAUGAGGGCACUCCUGAGCUGCCUCCAGGGACAGUCCGAGUCCGAGUGGAAGCUGAUGGCUCGAUCAUGGAGGUGGAUGAAGAAAAGGUCCAGAGAACCAAUCCUUCAAAAUUUGACUACGCCGAAGACUUGGCCUCCCUAGUCAGCCUGAAUGAGUCAAGCGUCAUCCACACUCUGUGCUGCCGGUACCAGUCUCAGCUGCUUUACACCCACAGUGGUCCUGAUCUGAUCGCCAUCGAACCAUCGUCUUCUUUUUCCACUGGUUCAAUAAAGGCAUUCAAGGGCAAGCGGGAUGGACUGUCCCCACACAUUUUUUCCGUGGCACAGAGGGCCUACUGGCGCAUGCUUAUGCAACGGCAGGAUCAGACCAUCAUGCCCUUGGGCAGGAACAAUUCUGGCAAGACCACCUGCUGCCAGAACAGCCUGGAAUACCUAGUGGCCACUGUGGGGAGCAUGGACAACCGAGUCACAGUGGAGAAAAUCCAGGCCAUGUUCAGGGUGCUGAGAGCCUUUGGGACAGUGACGACCAGCCACAACAAAGCCUCCACCCGCUUCUCCAUGGUCAUGGCACUGGAUUUCAGCGCCACUGGCCACAUCACAGCUGCUCAUCUCCAGACAAUGCUGCUGGAAAGGAUCCGUGUGGUGCAGCAGCCAGAGGGAGAGAGCACCUUCAAUGUCUUUUCUCAGAUGCUUGCAGGGCUGGAUCUGGAUCAGAGGACUAUGCUGCAUUUGCAUCAGAUGGCGGAGAACAGCACCUUUGGCAUCAGACCGUGUCAGAAGGCUGAAGAGAAGCAGAAGGCCUCAGCUGCAUUUGCUCAGCUCCAGGCUGCCAUGGAGAUCCUGGGAAUUGUGGUGGAGGAGCAGAAGGCCAUCUGGCGAGUUUUGGCCGCCAUCUACCACCUGGGUGCUGCAGGGGCUUGCAAAGUUGGCAGGAAGCAGUUCAUGCAGUUUGAGUGGGCCAACAAGGCAGCGGAAGUCCUUGGCUGCGAUUUUGAGGAGCUCACAACAGCCGUCUUCAAGCACCACCUCCAGAGGAUUAUUGAGCAGGUCACGUCUGGAGCCAGAGGACAGCUCAGCCAGGACCAAGGCUGGUCGGAUGGUCCCAAGAUGACAGGUGUGGAGUGCGUGGAAGGGAUGGCUGUGGGGCUCUAUGAGGAGCUGUUUGCAGCUGUUGUGUCGCUCAUCAACAGGUAUGUUUGUAUUCUUCUUGCACAGAAAUCCCAAGGAGAAUGUGGGGAGCUCUCAAGCACCCGGCAGGCCCGCAAUCUAAUUUUGGAAGCAAGUUCCAUCUUCAAGGCCCACCAGCUCGGCCAAGACUCCGUCCGCUAUGAUGCCACUGGCUGGGUGAACAAAGCCAAGUGGAACCUCUCAGUGCAGAAUGCCAUCCAAGUCCUGCAGGAGUCAAAAAUAGACCCUCUGAAGAAACUGUUUCUGUUGCGGUCCAAAGUGCCCCUGAUAUGCCGGUCUGUUGCGGGGCUGGAGGGGAACUCCCAGCAAGCACUGCAGCGAGUUGGCUGCGUGAGGAAGACUUUCACUAGCAGCUUUGCAGCUGUGAAGAAGAAGUCUGUGUGUGCUCAGAUCAAGCUUCAGCUGGAUUCUCUCAUCAACCUAGUGAAGAGAUCCCAGAUUCAUUUUGUCCAUUGCCUCAUUGCGAGAACAGAAAUGGACAGAGAAGGAGGCACCAUUCUGCAGUCCUGUCUGAUGCCAGGGGGAACAGCAGCAGGAUGGGACAUCUCCGCCCUUCGAGCCCAGCUCUCCGGGGGCCAGAUAUUGGAUGCAUUACGGCUCAGCAGGAUAGGGUACGCGGAUCGUAUGGUGCGCAUGCAGUUCCGACACCAGUUCCAGAUCCUGGCUCAGCCAAUGAUGAAAAAAUACAGCUCAGCCUAUGAGAUGACAGAUGAAAAUAAGGCUCUGGAGGAGCUCAUCCAGGCCCUCAAUUUGGAGAAGAAGACCAUUGCUGUGGGUCGCACUCAGGUGUUCCUGAAAGCUGGAGUCCUCUCUAGGCUAGAAAAGCAGAGGGAAAAACUGGUGUCUCAGAAUCUGAUUUUCCUCCAAGCAGCUUGCAAGGGGUUUCUCUCCCGUCAGAAAUAUAAGAAAUUAAAGAUUCAGCGUUUGGCUGCUCGGUGCAUCCAGAAGAACUUGGCCAUCUUCCAAGCUGUGAAGGGCUGGCCCUGGUGGCAACUGAUGUGUAGCAUCCGGCCACUGUUGAGCACCAGCCUUGCAGACGGUCAGCUCCGAGUCAGAGAGGAGGAGUUGGCAUUGCUGCGAAAGAAAUUGGAAAAUUCAGAACUUUCACGGCAGGAGCUUCGGCAGAGCACAGAACAGCUGGAAAGCAAGAUCAUAGACCUCACGACGGAGCUGUCAGAUGAACGCUUGAAAGGUGAUGUUGCCUGUCAGGUCCUGGAAGGUGAACGAGCUGAAAGACUGAGAGGGUCAAGAGAGGUCAGAGAGCUGCAGACCAAGCAUGACCAACUGCAGAAGAAGCUGGAGUCGGCAGAGAAGCAGCUGGAAGAGGCACAGCAGCAGCUUCAUUUGCACGAAACUGGGGCAAGCAGCUCUGGCAAAGGAGAUGAAUGGCAGAUGCGCCUGGACUGUGCACAGACUGAGAUUGGAUUUCUCCGGAAAAGAAUCACACAGCUGGAGGAAAGGCUGGAGGCGGAGCAGACAUCCAAAAAGGAGCUGGAACAAAAGCUAGGUGAGGCCCAGAAGGCGUAUGAAGGUGCCAGGCGGACAGCGCAGCGGCUGAAAAGAAAGUGUAAGCAGCUGACGUGUGAUUUGGGAGAUACACGAGUGUUGAUGGAAAGCCAGCAAAGCCGGAACCAUGAGCUGGAGAAGAAGCAGAAGAAAUUUGACCUGCAGCUGGCUCAGGCCUUGGGAGAAUCCGCCUUCGAGAAGAGCCUUCGGGAGAAAGUGUUACAAGAGAGCACCAGCCUUCAGUUUGAGCUGGGGAAGUUGCAGCGGAGCUUAGAGCAAAAAGAAUUGGACAAUGCCAGCCUCAACCAGCGGCUUGUGCUGUUGAGCAGCCAGGUGCAGGAGCUCAGCGCCCCCAAGGACCUGGAUGCCAACUCGCUGGCUGCCCUCCAGAAGAAACUUUGGGACCUGGAGUCAAGAGCCUCUGAGCAGCAGAAGGAGCUGAGCUCCCAAGCAAGCACCAUUGAACAGCUGGAACAGCUUCACCUGAGACUCGAACUGGAAAUUGAGAGGAUGAAACAGCUUCACCAGAAGGAGCUGGAGGACAAGGAGGAAGAGCUGGAGGAUGUUCGGCAGUCCUGCCAGAAAAGGCUGCGUCAGCUGGAGAUGCAGUGUGAGCAGGAGGGCGAAGAGAAGCAGGCAAUUCUCUGUGAGAAGCGGGACCUGGAAGGGCUGAUUGCCACACUCUGUGAACAGAUUGGCCAUCGAGAUUUUGAUGUGGAGAAGCGACUCCGGCGUGACCUGAAGAGGACUCAUGCUCUGCUGGCUGACAUGCAGCUCCUGCUGGAGACCUCAGGGGCAGAUGCAGGGUCGUCCGGGGGCAGGGAGGAGCUGGAGAAGCUUCGUGGCAAGCUGGAAGAGAGCACAGCCAGAUGUGGAGAGGCUGAGAAGGCACAAAAGAUGCUAGCUCUGGAGCUCGAGAACCUGCACCUUGAGCUGGAGACGUUCAGCAGGAACAAGAACUUGGUUGAUGAGCAAUUAUACCAGCUCCAGCAUGAGAAAGCUGAUCUCCUCAAGCGCAUUGAUGAAGACCAGGAGGAUCUGAAUGAACUGAUGGCCAAGCACAAGGCCUUAAUUGCUCAGUCUGCAACAGAUAUCACCCAGAUCCAAGAGCUGCAGACCCAGUUGGAGGAGAUGAAGAAGGAAAAGUAUGGCCUGCAAGAAAAACUGCAGGUGUCCCAGGCCCGGGUUGUCUAUUUGGAGCAAUCAAUGGUGGAGAGGUCCAUCGUCAGCCGCCAGGAGGCCCUGAUUUGUGACCUGGAGAACAAGAUGGAGUUCCAGAGUGUGCAGAUCAAGCGCUUUGAGAUGCUGGUUCUCCGUCUUCGGGACAGUGUGAUCAAGAUGGGAGAGGAGCUGGAGAAAGUGAAGGAAGGGGAGGCGCGAGAAAGAGAGAAGACCUGCUACUACCAGAUGAGGAUGGAAGAGAUGAAAGCAGACCUCAGUGAGCUGGCCCAGAGGGAGCUGGAGGCCAAUCGCAGGCGGGUGGAACUGGAGAAGCAAGUGGAUGAGCUCUCUGCAGUGAGGCAGACGUUGCAGGCAGACCUGGAGACCUCCAUCCGCCGCAUUGCGGACUUGCAGGUGGCUCUGGAAGAAGUGCAGUCGAGUGACGACAGUGAUAGGGAGAGUGUUCAGACGGCUCGAGAAUCACUCAGCUCAAGAGGAGACACCGAGAGUCAGCUGAGUCUGGGGUCAACCAUGAGCUUGAACUUGGAACCUGAAGAAAGCGUCAAAUCGUGGUCCAGUUUGGCAUCGGCAUGGUCCUCUCCAUCCAGGCAAACCGUGGACAGCCGUGGUACCCAGAGCCUGAGGAUAAACAAGGAUCAAGAAACAAGCCAGCAGCUGUCUCCCUUAGGUGCAGAACGAAGGGGAUAUGGAAGGAGUGCAGGGGGUGCUGAUUUUGGCAAAGCUAAUCAAAGCCCUUCCUUCGGUACCCAAAGACCAGAUUAUGGGAAACCCAUUUCAAAUGAGGAGUUUUUCACUCUCCAAAAGUUAGGAGCUGUGUCUCCAUCUAUUACGAGAAGGAUGUCCUCUCCAGCAGUGGCAGAAGAGAUGUUAUCAAGUCCUUUGUCCCCUUCUGUGCUCAAAAGGGUGUCUCCUUCAGCAGAAGACAAGUUGUCACACUCCUCCUCUGCACUUUCUGAAUAUGUUGAAGAGCUGCGAAGAAAAAGACUGAAGGACAAAGAGCCAGGGAACUUAGUGUUAGAUGAUGCCUCCUCUUUGCCUAUUUACCAAACAACAGGAGCCUCAUCCCUUAGAAGAUGCAAGACUUUGAAGGAUGAUGAAGAUCUCCCAGUAACUCUGGAGGGAAUUGGUGAAAGUUCUCGAGCUGGCCUGGUCCGCUCCUCUAGUUUGAGGAGCAUAUCAUCUGAGAGCAUGGCACGGCCAAACCUCUCCCCAGCUCUGAAAAGGGUCUCCAGGUUUGGGUCCUAUGACUCUCUCAUUCAGAACAUAGAUGACACCUACUCAAAGCUCAGCUCCCCAGCCCUGGGUGGAGAAAUGUUUAGCACUUUGCGACUUAAACCAUGGAGAAGUUGCCUGGAGGCAUCCCUGGAAGAAACGACAGACACAGACCUAGGAAAAGAACCUCUGGUCUUUCAGAACAGAAGAUUUGGUGAUGUUCCAAGUGAGGGAAAGGAAACUGAUCCACUCUCUUGGAAAAUACCAACUCUGAGCUAUGAGAGGAAAACGAAUGAUGACUCAGAUGACUUCCUUCCAGCCGUCCGGAAAUGCCAGUCAACCAGCAGCUUGGCCAGAGGCCCCAAAGAGAGGAGAGACGGCCAGAGGCCCAUGAGUGUCCGUUUUGAAGACCAAGUCUCGCCCAACCACACUUUCCUCUCUGAGAUAAAGGCCACUUUAUCACCAAGUCCAAAACCCCAAGAGGACCCUGGAAACCUCUCUGACUCGUCUUCGUCUUCUGGCUCAGUUGUAUCUUUCAAAAGUGCUGACAGCAUCAAGAGUCGGCCAAGGAUCCCGAGGCUGGAAGGGGAAGGAUGUGUUGGGAAAAGAAGCCCGGAGGGUGCAAAAGAUGACUGGCGGUCUGAAGCCGAGGGGAAGGAAGAUGAUGUAAACAGUAUCAUGAUGAAAUACCUAGGAAAAGACUAAGGAGCCAAGCUUUUGUCUGAAUCAUCACCACCCAGGCAUCCUUGUCGGUUCCAGGCUCUGGCUUCCCCACCUGCUUUGGAGGCACCUGAGUUUCCUAACCCAACAAGGCACAACAACACAUGUGUAUGUAAGAGAAGCGGACUGUGCUCUCUCUUUGAUUUAUACAAAAUAAAACAUUUUGCUUCUUGCA